UCUUAUUCAGAAGGAGUCAUGACUACUGAAAACUUAAGAACUAGAGGACCCGCUCGUGAGACGAGAGAGGAGCCCUGAUUUAAUGUCCGCCCCUCUCCCGAGGGCUGGCGCGGCGAGUGGCAGCUCCCGAGGUCACGGCUUCCGCCGGCGCCGGUGGCCUAGCUCCUUGCCGCUGCCCUUGGUUGUGGGGUCGCGCUUGCACCGAGCUGCAGUCAUCAUGAACUUAUUUCAGCUGGUUCGUGACCACUGGGUUCACAUACUUGUCCCUGCGGGCUUUAUCUUUGGAUGUUAUCUAGACAGGAGGGAUGAUGAAAAGCUGACUGCCUUCCGGAAUAAGAGCAUGCUUUUUCAAAGGGAACUGAGGUCCAAUGAAGAAGUUACUUGGAAGUAAAGACUGGUUAGAUCACUGAAUGAUCACAUUUUAAAAGUUGUAAAAGAAAUAAAAACAUGAUUUAAAGUGUGA